AUGAAAAGAACACACGUGCAGUACGAAAUCUUCGCACCAGAAUACUACAGGUUCGAUUUCGAGAUUUUCAAGAAGUGUGUGUUAUUUAGCAAAUUUACUACUAAUGGAGGUAAACAGGACAAACACUGUCGCAAAUGCAGUCGAGAAGACAUGGCGCGUCUUCGAACAGAGGACUGGUGGCUAGACACUUUUCUACGGGCCUACGACUACGAUCUGGACAUCACAUAUGCUGUAUUGGCUUCAUGCGUACAAUGGAGAAACAGUUUCCAAGUGGAACAUAUCAGUAUCCUUGGAAUGAAACCACUGCUUGAUCGUCAGUUAGCAUACCUACAUGGACGUGACCUAACCGAUUGCUCUAUUUUAUGGAUCCAUCUCGCACAAUACCUGCCCAAUGACACUGGCUUUGAGAACGUUUUCGUAUUCUGGCUUGAGCACCAUACAAUGGAAACGAAAGCGGAUCCGCUAACGAUUGUACUCAACAUGACUGGGACUAGCCUAAAGAACAUGGAUUUCAAAAUUUUCAAGUUCAUUUUUCAUGCGCUCAAGUACUACUACCCCAGUAUUGUGCACGAUAUGAUCAUAUUCGAAUCACCUUCGAUGCUAAGCGCAUCGUGGAAGAAGAACUCAUUGGAAAAUGCUCCGAAAGCUAGGGUUCAGGUCGUGAAGUCCUGGUUAGAUCCUAGUCAUCCUCAACUUCAUCACGUAACGAAGGAGACGAUGAGUCAAUUUGUUGACAGCAGAAAUGUCCCAUUACACAUGGGAGGUGAGGAUCACUUCAAAUUCACCAUGGACGACUUAGCAAAAUGCCUGCCAGCAAGCCGGGAAGAUAAUGGCCAAAUGACAACCUCUGAGAUUGAAUACAGCUUCGAGAGAAACGGACUUGACUCAAUGAUUAAAAGGGCUGUCACCUUUGACGAUGAUGACGAAGAAGCGAACAGAAAAGUACCAUUAACAAUAUCCAGAAAAUCAAGCAAUUGGUCAGUGAAACGAAACAUUCCACAAUGUUUGAAGCCGGUAAUUGAUGCAAGGUUACAUAGCCCCGAUACGGACUGGGUCAAAAACGCAUUCCUUCAGAUAAGCCCACGUGACGUAUUAAAUCUGAGUCGCAUUGACAAUGUCACCGACUAUGUGGAUAUAGUCAUUGUACGAAACAUAUCACAUGUCUCAGUGAUGUUCAAGAUCAAGACCACUUCGCCAGAAAAAUUCCGAGUUCGACCUACAACAGGAGUAAUACCGCCAGAAUCGACGGAAAUAAUACGAGUCUAUCUUCAAAGUGAGUACAAAGAUUCCUGUGCUCGAGAGAAAUUCCUACUUUUGGCGCUGGAAUCCGAAAACAACAACUUGGAGACAUUUGGAGAGCUGUGGAAAAAUGCGAGCAGUGAUAAAAAAGUGGAGCAGAAGUUGAGGUGUCGAGUGAGUGAUGCCGGCUCAGGUGAAGGACACAAUAGUGACCAAGCAGACAAGAAAACGCAUGCCAAUCAAAUCGACCGGCUACGAGCGCAGUGUGAAGUUAUGCAACGUGCUCAAUUCAUACUUGUGGUUGCAAUGCUUGUACUGUUCCUCACACUGAUGGUCAUAGUGGUGAAUGAGAGGUCCAGAUACAGCGCCUUAGAAGAAGCAGUCAGUAUGCUCUCGAACAAACUGAACGUUACCGAAUGCGAGAAGGCACCUACCACUCAGCAGCACCAUUCACCACCAGUUACCUAUGAAGAAGAUCUUUAG